AUGGCUGAAGACAGUUUGCCUAAGAUGUAUUCUCAUCCUCCAAGAGAAAGCAGUGAAACACCAACUGAAGCAACCAUUUUCUUUGGGGUUGACAACACAAUUCCUAGAUCAGAAACAACUAUUACUUCAGAAGGAGACCAUGUCUACACACUAGAAAGUGACUUUUCAACUGGCAACAAAGUGCCCCCUACAAAGGAAAAACUGAAAUCAGAAGAUGAUGUUGAGACUCGCAUUAAGCCAACAACUUAUCCAGAGAAAGAAAUUACCACUCUGACUGGCACUAUAACAAAGGAACCUAUUACUGAAAGUUUCAUUCCAGUGAAAAUUGGGAGUCUUUCACCCUCAGUUGGUAUUGUUUCUUUAAUUGAUUUUCCCACUCACAUGAAAAAGGAAGAUAUCCUCUUGGAUACCAUUGGCAGGAGGGAUGAAGAGAUCACACUGACAGCUGAAAUCUCUGGCUCACUAGAGGGUGACACUGCCAAUGUUGCUGACAUCCCUGCUUUUCCAGCUGAACCAGAUGAAACAGAUGUUAACGAUUAUAAUUCCUCUGUCAGGCCUAAUGUUCCUGAUGAUGAGGCUGUUCGGGUCACAGGCCUCUCUAUUCCUGAGGCUGAAAUCUCUUCCGGUACUGAAAAAACUAUCACCACCAUUUCAGAUAAGACUACCCUUGCCAAAGACAAUGUAACUGAAGUCAAGCUAAUUGUGUCGGAGGACGAUCCCAAAGCUGUGAGUGUAUGCACUGACUCUGAUGAGGAAAGGUUUAUUACUGUGUUUGAACUCACUCCUCCCGAGAAAGACAAAGAUAACCAAGAAGAUGAUCUGACUGAUGAAGAGUCUACAGACAGCAUCAACGUUUGGAUGAAGAGUCCUCCGGCGAAUGAAAGAGAGACUCAUUCUAUUUUGCUUACUGCUGUGGAAUCCAGAUAUGACUUCAUUGCCCCUCCACUGGCAGCUGUGAACUUCGAGGGAGAAUCGGCCACCAACCCAACAGAAGAUUCGUCGGAAAGCGAUGCAAACGAAUCUGAAUCUACAGUCAUUGAAUCACUUUCAGCAACUACCACGGCAUUAGACCUUGAAGACAUAGAGGACACCUCUACAGCUGAAACUGGUAUCUUUAAACUCUUGAAGGAAGAUCCAGACGAGUUCCUGAUUUAA